GGCAUAUGAAGGGAAACAGAUUCUCUGCCAGCUAUGGUCAGUUGUGUAGCUAUCAAAGUAGAAAACAAUAUAAAGGGGGAUAGGGAUGGCUCUAAGCACCAAAAAUGAGGAAAAAAGGUCAUUAAACAGUAAAGAUAAACAAAGCAACAUGACACCAUCCCUAUAUAAUUAUUGUCCCAUUGGAAAAAAUAGCAGACAAGAUAAAGGGAUGGUGUCGUGUAGUUUUGCAAUCAAUUUGCAAUCUUUUGUCAUAGUAUACUCAUGCAUCAUCUUACAUUAUGAUGCUUGACAUGAUGGAUCCCUGCAUUUCUUUUUCCACUUGUUGAGUUUACGGUACAUACUUUCAGUUAUGUAACCAUGAGGUUACUUUACGUGUCUAAGUGAUAUCUACAGCUUGUGCAACACCUUUGGAAUGUGUACAUUGUAGGCCUCACUGCACUACAAUACCUCUCUCUAAACCCAUUAGUUCACUAAGGCGCACUAAACUAUCACUCUCUAACUCAAAGAGACAAAUGAUCUCAAAACCAGUGAAAUAGGUUUUAACAGCUAUUCUCCACUAUUUAAACCCUGCAUGUGCUCACUUUGGUCCCACACAAGGAUCUAGGUGUAAGGAUCAACAUGAAGAACCUAUUGUUUUUCAUCUUUCUUGCCAUCAGUUGUACCCUUGCUGCGACUGCCCCAUAUAAGCUAGAUGUUCAAGUUGAUUAUCUCAAAUUACUUCUACGUUCGGCCAAACUUCGCCCAAUGGUCAAUGAUGAACUUAACCUUUCACCAAAUCAGAACGAAUUUUCAAAUAUUGUUCGAAGUGUUGCUGGAAAGAGAGUUUUAGGCAGUAGUCAUUUGUACUUUGAAAUGGAGCUAUUACCUGAAGCAGUCUCUAGACCCUCGAGUAGUGGAUCCAUUGUGUUUCAUGCCAGCAACUCUAGUGCAAUAGUUGAAGGGAACGUUAUUCAACUCUAUAAGAGGUGUGAGAACUCCACCACCAAUAACCUGUUCCAGUCCUACACUGUCACAGAGCUAGACGAGACAAAGGAAUGGCUGGAAAUAAGUAUUGACAUGAGUUCCUUACCCUGCCCAUACACGGAAAAGUGCAUUUUCUCUGCUCAAACUACAGGAAACUGCUCAUCACUUGAUGCUCUUCUAGUUAUCUACGACUUCAAAAAACAUGGAGGAAUUGGCAUUACCGGGCUCGUAUCAAAAACUGUCGAAAAACGAUCAGCCGCUAGUGGGAAUAAGACUCUGUUGAGUGAAUACACAGAGAAUGGGGUGAAUUGCUCUGUGCAGUCUGUUUUUCUUAACUAUGCCGCCGGCUUACCAAUUUUCCCUCACCCAAUUGUGGCCAUAUAUCCAAAUAGUCGUGGAUUGAAUAUAACCUUUUGUUUUGGAACUUGCAAUCCAGUGGCACUCGACAUAAACAGACCAGAAAGAUAUCAGUUUUUUAGCUCCUUCAUUGAUGAAACUAGUGGACCUACUCCAAGAAUUUGCUGCAUUCCAGACAAGAUUGAACACUAUGACCUUAUUGUCUAUAAUACAGUCGUGGAGAUUCUGGAUCUUGAAUCGUUUCCACAAGUUAAAAGCUGCCAUUGUGUCAUAUAAUGUCAGACUGUUCCAUGGUAUGCUACUAAUAAUGAGAUUGAUUGAGAGUUUCAUUAAUUAAUAGUUUGUGAUAUUCAAAUUUUUUUGCGCGGU